AGCGAGGGAAAGGAGGGAGUGAAGCAGAGAUUCUUUGAAACCUCAGCGGGACGUUCAGAUUUCCAAUGAACAAAGAGAACAACUCCUGGGACCUUCUGUAAGCUGAGGCAGAGAUGAGGAAGAUGAAUGACCAAAGUGGCUGCUACAGGCCCGUAAAUAUCCAGGGGAACAAAGUCAGCUACCGCGGCACCUGCGGGGACAGCCCGGAAAAGGAGGUGAAAAGGCUGCAGAAGAGAUUCCUCCACAAGGAUGGCAGCUGCAACGUCUACUUCAAGCACAUCUUCGGGGAGUGGGAGAGCUACGUGGUGGACAUUUUCACCACGCUGGUGGACAUCAAGUGGCGCCACAUGUUUGUGAUUUUCUCCCUGUCCUACGUGCUCUCGUGGCUGUUCUUCGGCCUGGUGUUCUGGCUGAUUGCCGUCCAGCACGGGGACCUGUUCAGCGACGAGGGGGUCACCCCCUGUGUGGCAAAUGUGCACAGCUUCACGGGAGCCUUCCUGUUCUCCCUGGAGACCCAGACCACCAUCGGGUACGGCUACCGCUGCGUGACCGAGGAGUGCUCGCUCGCCAUCCUCAUGGUGAUCCUGCAGUCGGUGCUGAGCUGCAUCAUCGACACCUUCAUCAUCGGGGCGGCCUUGGCCAAGAUGGCCACGGCCCGCAAGAGGGCCCAGACCAUCCGUUUCAGCUAUUACGCCGUGGUUGGGCUGAGGGAUGACAAAUUCUGCCUGAUGUGGCGCAUCGGGGACUUCCGGCCCAACCACAUGGUGGAGGGCUCGGUGCGCGCGCAGCUGCUGCGCUACAAGGAGGACAAGGAGGGCAGGAUGACCAUGGAGUACCGCGACCUGAAGCUGCUCAAUGACCAGAUCAUCCUGGUCACACCCGUCACCGUCGUCCACGAGAUCGACAGCGACAGCCCCUUGUACGGCCUGGACCGCAAAGCUCUGGCCAAGGACAACUUUGAGAUCUUGGUGACGUUCGUCUACACGGGCGACUCCACGGGGACGUCCCACCAGUCGCGCAGCUCCUACGUGCCCAGAGAGAUCCUGUGGGGCCACAGGUUCAACGACGUGCUGCACGUCAAGAAGAAGUACUACAAGGUGGACUGCUUGCAGUUUGAGGAGACCACGGAGGUGUACGCCCCUCACUGCAGCGCCAUGCAGCUGGAGCAGAAGGAGCAGGAGUGGAGCCGCGCCGAGAAGACGCGGGAGAAGCAAGCGGAGAAGUCAGCCCUGGAGAUCAAGUAUGGCCAAAAGUCCCUCAGCGCCGUUGCCCUCGUCAGCAGCUGUGAGGACCCUGAAGAGCCAGUGACAGCUUCCAGCCAGCCUCCUGGAGAGGUUUCCUACAGGAAAGCAGCUGUGACCUUGAGCAGGCUCUCCAUAGAGUCCCAAAUCUGACUUUUCCUGCUGUUGGAACCCCUCCCAACAAACUGUCCCCUCGUAGCUCCUCGGAUGCAAACAAUGAACUCGUGUACAGCAGUGUUUGUAUCCCAGACCUCGCUGCCAGCGUGCCCACACUGUCACACGCUCUGUCACACCCUGUCACACCCUGCUGGGCUGCCAGGGACACCUGUGGGCACAAGGGAGCAGCUGCCACUUGGGAUGCCCAGAGAGCCCCUCGAGCAAACCCUCUGUGACCCUUCCUCCCCUGCAGGGACUGGGGCUGGCCGUGCCCAGGGACACAGAAUGACCUCGGCAGGGCACACAAACCAUGCCCUGGGCCCUCUGGGUUUCAAAGCUGCCUCAGCGGUUUGGAAAGUCCAUUCCCAGUCUCUCCAGGAGGUUCUGAAGCUCCAUUUUCCCAACAAAUGAUUCCUCAGGUGCAGCCUCAUCCCAGAGCUCCUUUGUAGAAUCUACGGGGCUGUUCUUUGUAGGACAAGGCAAUAAGUGACCCCAGUGUUCCUGGGUGGCUUUGGACACGUGCUCACACCCUGCCCAGUCCUGUGGGAUCCUCAGUGGGAUCCUGGAGAGCUUUCAUUCCCUAAUCAUGAGCCAUUCCCUGGGGUACUGCUCCCUCAGCACCUGGAGGGAUGCAGGAGGUAAAAAAAAAAAAAAUCAGAACAAGACCUCCAGUUUUAAAUCAGCAAAAUCAGGUUGAGCCUUGAGGAGAUCAUGUCUGGAGUGAGAUGUGCAAUGUUUUAUAUCAAAUCCUCUUUCAUUUCAUUUCGCCUUUCCUCUUAGCGUGUUGCACUUCCUUGCAAAGACAAGGAUCAAUCUGGAGAACAAACAGGGCGAUUUUGUCAAAAUGAAAAAUGCUUGUCUCGGUUGGCUGUGUAAAAACGAUCCUUCAUGGAGAAAUCCAACAACUCCUCUGUGGGCUCAAGCUGGGAAAAAAAGGAAAACGCUCUGAAGGUGUGUGUGACGUGGAAGUUCCUGCUCUGCACAUCUCUGUAAUUAUCCAGUGAGCAAUGCCUCAUCAUGCUUUUUGCCCCUGAUGAUUGCAGUUCAUUUGCAUUGUGUUUAAUUACCCUGCAAACGUAAAAUAAUCGUACUGGA